UCUUCAAAAUAAACAAGCGAACAGAACACGUCGCAUUGCAUUGCGUUUUAAGAAAAAUUCUUUAGAGAGUUACAAAAUCAUUCAUCGUGAAAACAGCGUUCGUGAAAAUCUUAUUAUUAUUUUUUUUGUGUGUAUUUUCUCAGCUGAACGGAAAAAAAAAUAAAAAAGAAGAAAAGGCAGUGAGUAGAAAGUCAUUCCACAUACUUAGCGGUUUAUAAAUAAAAGCGACGCAAGCACGCAAAGUAUAAUUAAUCCGCAAGUAACAUAUUUCGAAUUUAAUAACAAUGACUGAGAAUGGAGCAUUGUUGAAUGACGAAAUAAGCAAUGACGAACAACAGCUGAUCAAGUUGAGCUUGAAAAAGCCAAAAAUGUGGAAUUGGGAAUUGACAACAUCAAAGUCGUCGUCGAAUAUUGCUUUUCCAACAAUUGAACUUUACGAUGAAAACCGCAACACAUUGCUGGCUAAAGCAAAAGAAGCUGGCUGUAUUGUUGGCUCAAAACUUAGGAAAUCAGCUUCCGUAUCUAGGGCAUCAUCUCUUCACUCCGUCAGAUCUAAAGACAGUUACAGAGUCAAAAUUAGAAAUGAUUCAUUGAUCGGAGAAAUUUUAAAGCAACCCGUCAUCACGGAACCAGAAGAGUACAAGGAAAACGACAGAAGUGAGUCAACUCAGAUUCAUUUCAGACACAACACUUCAUCACGUAGUGCAAGUGAAAAGGAAUACAAAAAAUCGAACGAAAAACCGCGAACGAAACCAUACAGUCGCUCCAGUUCGAAUUCCAUGAGAUCGAGAUCAUCAGUUUCUAUCUUAGAACGAAUAAGUGAAUUAAGACGAAGUUCAUCAUCCGAAGAAAGUGAAGAGGAAGAGCCUUCAAGUGCUAGAGAAAAACAGAAACACAAAUAUUCAUACAGAUCAUGUCCACUUGGAACCAUUAUUGUGCCAAAGGUUGAUCUAACAAAUGCACGACGUCGUCCGAAGAAACGAGAAGAGAGUUCAGAUAAGCUCAUUGCGUUGAGAAGUAGCAGCAGUGGAACGAACCUUAGACAACCAAGCACAGCGAGAAUAAUUGACAGUCAAGAUAUUAAAAACGUCACAAGUGAUUCAAAUCGAUUUUUAGACGACUCGAAAUCUGUCAAUCCUGAUGAGGUUUUCCUUUUAUUGGUGAAACGUUUAGCAUCAUUACAUUACAAUCAAGCUGAAUUACCACACGAUAGCAGCAACUUUAAAUCUUUAGUGUCAUCUUCGGGAGUUGAAACUGCUAACCAACAUUCUCUGAAAGACGGCAGCAGCAGCUUUCAAACAAUUAACAAUUGUCGUUCGGAACGUGCCAAUAAUACAAAUCGAAGAUCAAAGACACCCGUGGAAGCUGAUUAUGAUGAGGUUGACUUUCAGUCAACGUUUGAUUGCAAUUACAAAGAGCAAAUAAAUGAAACAAUCAACAAAUCGGCACGCACACAGAAAAAUAUGGGAUCCAAUGUUUCCACAGCUGGUGGGAAAGGAUUAUCAGGGCGUCGAACACAAUCAUCAAGCAACAUUGACAACAACAAAUCAUCAAUAACCAAUGGUAUAUGCUGCUCGACAAACUCGAAAUACAAUGCAAAAUCAGGACGAAAGAACAGCAAUCAUUCACAAGACUGCGACAAAAAGCCGCUCAAUAAUAAUAAUAUCAACAACAACAAUAGCAAAAGUAACAGAAAUGAACAAUUCGACGGAAUCGAUCAAAUAAUAUCAUGUUCAAAUGUCAAUACGGGUACGUUAAAGCAGCCGAAAAAAUCAAAAAGCACAUCAAAAGAUCGUAAAAAAUUGCAUGGAAGUCUACCAAAUCAUUUGGAUACUGAUGUUGAUUACGAGGGAAGCGAUGAUACAAACAGCAGUGUUUGCAAAUAUCCAUCAAAUCAAGUAUUAUUACAGCAAAAAGCAACAUCACAUGACAAUCCUCAACUGUCGGUCAUUCGUAAAUUUGACGAAAUUUAUCAGCAGCAACACCGAUAUCAGUUGGAGCAGCCAUUUGUUCAUUAUAAGCAGCAAAAUCAUUCCUUUCGUAUCACGAACACUUAUGCUCGAGAAAACUUUUUACGUUCUCAAGAAACGAAUUCCUUUCGGAUACCGCAAGCCUAUGGGAAUCGAGUGAAAUUUCAGUCAGUCAACAAAAUUAUUACACCGAAUCCUCCCGUUCAAGUCAUUGAUCAAUGCUAUGAUCAAGGAUAUGGUUCAGAAAGGUCACCUGAAGAUGAAAUUCCGCCGCCAUUACCAAUUCUUGAUGUUGAACAACAAUACAACCCAAUGAUUGUCAACUCCGUAAUGAUGUCUCAAGGGUUUGUUGGUGAUUCAAAGGAAAUGCUCGAAAUGGAAGUCCAACAAAGACUCCAUCAGCAAGCAAUUCAACAAAAUUACGAUUUUAUCUCAGAAGACUGCACAUUUAAUGUAGAGAUUAUAAAAGGACCGAGAGGCUUGGGCUUAUCAGUAUCAGGCGGUAUCGAUUCGAACGCUCCAUAUCCAGGCCUUGUCAGGAUUAAGCGCUUAUUUCCCCAUCAAGCUGCCUGGGCAACCGGAAAACUUCAGCCGGGUGACAUUUUACUUGAAGCUAAUGGCAUCAUUUUAACGGGACUCACAAACAAUGAAGCGCUCGAAGUGUUGCGUACCAUGGCAAACGAUGUGAAUUUACUAGUGUGCCGACCACAUGAUGAACAUUUUCGUAAAUUGUCACCGCCAACUGCUGAACCACCAAUUCCACCCAUGCGUUCUUCGUUUAAUUUUAAGCAUCAACAGUAUAUGAAUCAACUUGAAUCGAUUUUACCACCUGGGGAGUUCGAAAUAACGCUUGUAAAACAGCAGGGCUCAUUGGGUUUUACGCUUCAGAAGGAGGAUGAAUCGGUAGUUGGUCAUUAUGUUCGAGCACUGGUGAGAGAGCCAGCAACAACAGACGGUCGAAUCAACGCAGGCGAUAAAAUUGUAGCCGUGAAUGACAUCCAAAUCACUAAUAUGACUCAUGAACAAGCUGUGAUAUUUUUACGACAAGCACCGGAUACUGUCAAGCUUCGAUUGUAUCGAGAUGAUGGACAAACGUCACUAGCAACAACAUCGCCAUCAGAUUCUGAUUACAAAUCAUAUGCCGGUACAAGUACACUCAAACGUACCAAGGUCAAUCUCCGACCUGAAGCCAUUAAUCUUCUAAGCGAUCUUGCGAGUAAGAAAAACACUCAAUCAUCAUCCGAUGGGAAUUCCGCAAGUUCAUCAUUUCAGUCAUCAUUGAACACUGCAUCAUCACCACGUCGUCUUCGUAAGAAUAACAUAAAAUGUUCAAUUACAAGCGCACAAGACUCAGAAGCAAACAAUUCAAGUGAUUCAACUCUUAAGUCAAAUACUUCAAUGUGUAGCAAUCCAAACAAUCAAACGUAUAUCAUAUCUGAAGGUACAAGUAGUGGAACAAUGACACCGUAUUCAGAUUCAUCUGCUGAUACUCUCACUGUUAUAUCACAAGCACAAAGAAUGCAGUAUUAUGAUCCACAUGAACUUGUGAGAAUUAUUCCGGAUGAUGAUGAUGGUGAAGGCUAUUAUGAUAGCGAUGAAUUGGAGAAAUUAGAGCAUGAUGGUGAAUCACAAGAAGGUCAAUUAAAACGUCCCGAACAUUUAAAUUUAGACACACAAAGUGGAUCGACGCCAGUCGCAUCACGAAAGCCACUUUAUCAAUUUACAAUUGCAACUGCCAACGCUUAUGAACUGAAUAAUUUGGACAAUGCUGUGCUUGAUGCUCCGACGUCAUAUAACAUGGGAAUAAAUGGUGGUGGUGGUGACAACACUAAUGAUGGUGAUACAUUUACAAGCUUACCUUGUGAGACACUUUUGUUGGCAUGCAAAACGGAAAAUGAUUUGAAGAAAUCGCUUAAUGAUGAAGAUGAUACCGAUACAUGUUUGUAUGUCACGAAAUUCAACAAGAAUCAGCCACUCUAUCAAUCAGCUCAGGUGCAAAUCAAUCACAAACAGAGUAAUGAUGUCGUCGAUGGAGCUUAUGGCGGGGGGGGUGGGGAUUUGUUAAAAUGGAAGGGGGGCACAAUGUCUAACGAUGACGAUGAUAAAUGUUCAGUGGUUUCGUCUCAAGCUGGGGACAAUUCGCCAAUGCCAUCGAUUCAAAGAAUUUCCAUUCGUAAUGCUCAAAAGGACUUAAAUCUAGACGAAAUGGGUAUCGAUUGUAAAGAAUUUAAGAUAAUUACAAUCGAAAUGAAUCGUCGUUGGAGUUGUCGAUUAGGGAUACGUCUUGAAAGUCAACUGGCAUCGAAAGACUCACUAAAGUCAAUUACAGUAAUUAAGGAGAUUUGUAAAGAUACGUUGGCCGAGCGGGAUGGUCGAUUAGUUUCAGGUGAUCGAGUUCUGAUGAUAAAUGACGAAAUCGUCGAUGCUCGUCCAACACAAGAAAUUAUAGAAAUGAUGCGAAUUAUUCGUGGACCUCUGUGCAUAACUGUAGCUAGGAAAAUUGAAUCAUAAUCACCAUGACUUCAGCAACUCUUAAUCACCAGCAACAUUUAAAUUCCAUAGGAAAAAGCACUCAUAAAUGAAAGUCUGAGAAUCAACCAAAGACGUACAAUAGUACACGAAUUAGAGAUAUAUGAAUGCUUUCCUUCCAAACUAUUUCAUGAUUUAUAUCGACUUCAAUAGUCAGAACAAAAAAAAAAGGCAAACAGAAGAAAAUCUAUUAAAAAUUUAUAUAUUCGAAGCAAUUUGGCUAGAGACGGUGAAAUUACUUUUCUUAUUUUAUUCUUCUUCGUUUUUCAAUUUCUUAAAACAUGAUUGGUAACAUUUGGAACUAGAGACAAAGAAAAUUUAUUGAUCGACAUUUGUCUACUCAACGGGAAAAAUAUUUUCCACAAUGCCUCGUCAACUCUUCAAAGUUUUCUUUUUAUUCUUUAAUGUUCUUAUUACAAUUUUUCCUUUUCCCUUUUUAUUUUUAAUUCAUAAUCGUAUUUCAAGACUCUUUAUCGAUGCUUCACAGCGCGUGUAUCCUUUGAACUCUAAUUCAAUAUUAUUGUCGUUAUCAGCCUGUCUCCAGUAGAAUUUUGGGAGUUACCAGUGAGAAAUUCUCUUGUCAUGUGAAUUUUCUUCUUCACUCUUUCCACGACUAACAACGGAACAUCGAAUUCCAUUCCAAUUUAUUGAAUUUUCUUCGAUUUCUCUUCCUUUUCUUCUCGUCGCUCUCAAAUUGAUUUUCCUAUUGCUUCGAAACUUAAUUUAUCGAAAUUCUAUAUUUUCUUCUCGACUCUUAGUUUUAUCUGUUCCAGUAGCACAAUUUUGUUAAAUGUUGCAGAUACGAUUAGAUUUGUAUCAUUCUAUGAUUCCAAUGGAGAAGCAAAGUGAAUGAAGAAUCUUAGAAAAAAUAUGUUUUUAUUGUGCUUGAAUCUCUUGAGAAACAAAACAGGUCGUAAUCAUUAAAUCAAAUAUUAAGGAAAAAGAAGUGAAAGAAAUUGUCGAAAAUCCUGCCCUCAAGAGCUUUAGCAAAAUUUAUUGUCAUCGAUCGAUUAAGGCAUAAGAAAUGUCUAAUUUAUGUAUCUGUUAAGUCAAUAAUAAAUUGUGAAAAAGAUUUUUAAUCGAACUAAGGUAAAGAAAAGUUAUAUGUUGAGGGCUGUUUGAAUAACACGUCACAUUUAUAAUUCUUCAUAUGCAACAUUAUUGAAUACAGUUUUGUCAACUUUCGAGUCUCUAAUGUGACGUCUUUUUUAAACAAAUUUAUUUAUCAUUUAAGAAAGCAAUUUAUACCAAAAAAUAAAUUAAACUUGUGCGAUUGUAAUUAUACGAACAAAUUAAGACAUCAGAAAAAAAAUUAAAGAAAAACAAACAUAAAUUAAUUAAAGAAAAAUGUUUUUAUUAUAAAGAAAAAUA